AAGAAACUUCUAAGCCCUAAAUAUGCUGUUUUUAACACUUCUUUCUUAUUUAGCGACGUUGAUUCAAUUGUGCUUUUUGACUGUAGCAGUAGCUGCUGGACUGUAUUACCUGGCAGAAUUAGUGGAAGAAUUCCCAAGUCAAGGCAAAAGAAUCGUUUGGUGGAUGAAUUUCACCGUUCUCUUGCUGUACAUUCUGCUAUGGAUAUUUGAAAGUUUUCCCAUUCACAUAAUAGCCUGUGGAUUGCUCGCACAUUUGUGCCAUUUCGCCAUAAUAUCCAGCUUUCCAUUUGCGUCCAUUCAAUCGCCGUUUAUGAUAUUGGCGUUAAUUUUCGUCGUUGUGAACCACUACUUAGCCUUCAGUUACUUCCCCAACAAUAACAACACUUUAUCAGAGAUUCUGGCCUAUUUCACGUUAUUUUUAUGGCUGGUGCCACUCAGUCUGUUUGUUUCCUUAUCGUUAAGCGAUACUUCUUUACCUACAGUUGCUGAUCAACCAGAUAUCGAUGCUGUUUCCAGUUAUUUAUCAAACAAGAGGAAAAAGUAUGGAUUCCUUUCAUUGCUUUCGUAUGCUAAAGAAACCGUAUUGCCAAUAAGAACGAAAAAGGGUUUCUGAGAACCGCAAUUCGCAAUAGCCAAUAUUUUAAUUAUAUUCUGUAUAUACGUAUUUAUUCAGCUGUUUUAAAUGGUGCAGGCUUCAAACGAGUCUCACUGUGCUGGUGAAUAAUAACAAUCAUGGCUGUUUUUUUAAAUAAAAUUUUACUGUCCA